AUGUCUGUGUUCACAGAGAGGUUCCAUGUCAUCGCCCCAGCGGACCCCAUUGUGGCAGAGCUGGGUGAGGACACCACACUGCCCUGCUCCCUGUUCCCAGUCAUGAGUGCAGAGAACAUGGAGUUGAGGUGGUUUCGGUCCAAUAGCCUGGAGUCAGUGUUCACCUAUCAAGACCAACAGGAGCGGCCUGAGGAGCUGAUGGCCCAGUACGCAGGGCGGACCUCGCUGGUGGGGAAAUUCCUCCGUGAUGGGGAGGCUGCUGUGACCAUCCACAAGGUCCAGGCUUCUGACAACGGGCUGUACACCUGCUUCUUCAGCAACGGAGUCUUCCGUGGGCAAGCCAACUUGGAGCUGCAGGUGGCAGGUGUGGGCUCUGCUCCCCAAGUGUACAUCUCGGGGCCAGAGGAGCAUGGGGUGCUUGUGGUGUGCACAGCUUCGGGCUGGUUCCCAGAACCCCAGGUGCAGUGGAGACACCCCCGUGGGGAGCAGUUCCUGGAGUUCUCCAAGGUCCAGGCCCAGGACACUGAGGGGCUGUUCAGCGUGGAGGCCGCUCUGGUGGUGAGAGACAGCUCUGUGGGGAGCGUGACCUGCUCCAUCUUCAACCCUGUCCUGCGCCAGGAGAAGGCCAUGGCCAUUGUCAUCCCAGCUUGGAGGAAGGCCCAGCUGUAUGCAGAUUGGCGGAAGGAGCAGUUCCGGGCCUGGCCUGUCACUCUGGAUCCAGGUUCUUGCCACCGCAGAAUUGUCCUCUCUCAUGAUAAGAAGAGUCUGAACUGUUAUCACGAUGGACUAGAAGGAGGAUACAAUCUCCAGAUGUUCAAGGCCACCUCCGCCAUUAUCACCAACCACAUAAUUUUCAACAUUUAA